CAUAUUAAAAAUCAAAAAGAAAAAUCAAAAUUAAAAUUAAAAAAAUCAAAAAGAAAAAUCAAAAUUUCUUAGCUCGUAACGCCGGUAACUGCCAUAGAGUUUCCAGAUAGAGGAAAAAAACUGAAAGAAGUUUUCCUAUUUUUCUUUUUAGCUCAGAUAAUAAAAAAGUAACGACUCUUUCCAGAAAUAUAUAUACACUCAUCAAAAUUUGGUUGAUCAACUCUUUUCAGUCCUUUGAUCUUCGAUUUACUUGUGAAAUUAAUUCUUUUCUGAAGAAGAAGAAAUUAGUUAAUUACUCACAGAUCCGUUGAGUUGUUUUAGUCAUAUGAAGUGUGAGAUUAUGUAGAAUUAGGGUUUUAGGGUUUAUUAGUAAAGAUGAUGGUAUCAAGAGGAUUGUUUGGAUGGUCACCAUCACAUGUACAACCAUUAACACCUGUAUCAGAAGUAUCAGAACCACCAGAAUCACCAUCGCCAUACAUAGAUUCAAAUGUUGAAUCAAUAAAUAAUGUCGAAGAUGAUGAAGAAAUUGAUGAUGAAAUUGAACCACCACCUGCUGCUGUACCUUUCUCUAGUUUAUUUGCUCAUGCUGAUACUUUUGAUUGGUUUUUAAUGGUUAUUGGUUCAUUAGCUGCUGCUGCUCAUGGAACUGCUCUUGUUGUUUAUUUACAUUUCUUCGGAAAAGUUAUUCACUUAUUAAAUUUUAAAGGGAAUACUCAAAAUUCUGAUGUCUUGUUUCAGGAAUUCACUCAGUAUGCACUAUAUAUAAUUUACAUUGCAGUUGCUGUUUUUGCUGCCGCGUGGAUUGAGGUGUCAUGUUGGAUUCUUACUGGGGAGAGGCAGACUGCUGUUAUUAGGUCAAAGUAUGUUCAGGUGUUACUUAACCAGGAUAUGAGUUUCUUUGACACAUAUGGGAACAAUGGAGAUAUUGUGAGCCAAGUAUUAAGUGAUGUACUGCUUAUUCAGUCUGCUCUUAGUGAGAAGGUUGGCAAUUAUAUCCAUAAUAUGGCUACGUUUUUUGGUGGUCUCGUCAUCGGGGUUAUCAACUGCUGGCAAAUUGCACUCUUAACAUUAGCCACUGGCCCAUUUAUUGUAGCCGCUGGUGGGAUAUCAAACAUAUUUCUGCACAGGCUUGCUGAAAAUAUUCAGGAUGCUUACGCUGAAGCAGCAAGCAUUGCUGAACAGGCAAUCUCUUACGUUAGGACCUUAUAUGCUUUCACAAAUGAAACAUUGGCCAAAUAUUCUUAUGCCACUUCACUCCAAGCAACGUUGAGAUAUGGUAUACUGAUAAGUCUUGUGCAAGGUCUUGGACUUGGAUUUACAUAUGGACUUGCCAUUUGUUCAUGUGCUUUGCAACUUUGGGUUGGAAGGUUCCUGCUUAAGAGUCACAAAAAGCAGGGCGAUCAAAUCUUAAUAGCUUUGUUUUCUGUUAUUUUGAGUGGCCUCGGGCUGAAUCAAGCAGCAACAAACUUCUAUGCGUUUGAGCAAGGCCGUAUCGCUGCUUAUAGAUUAUAUGAGAUGAUUAGCCGGUCAACCUCUUCGGUGAAUCAGGAAGGAAAUACCUUGGCUUCUGUGCAAGGAACCAUUGAGUUUCGGAAUGUUUAUUUCAGCUACCUAUCUCGGCCAGAGAUACCUAUUCUGAGUGGAUUUUUCCUGACAGUACCUGCUAGAAAAACUGUGGCACUUGUUGGAAGGAAUGGCUCGGGAAAAAGCAGCAUUAUUCCUUUAAUGGAAAGGUUUUAUGAUCCUACGUUAGGAGAGGUUCUUUUGGAUGGUGAGAAUAUUAAAAACUUGAAAGUAGAAUGGUUAAGAAGCCAGAUAGGACUUGUCACUCAAGAGCCUGCCUUGCUAAGUUUGAGCAUUAGGGAUAAUAUUGCUUAUGGGCGAUCGGGUGCUACCUUCGAUGAGAUUGAAGAAGCAGCUAAAAUAGCACAUGCGCAUUCAUUCAUUAGCUCUCUUGAGAAAGGAUACGAAACACAGGUUGGUAGAGCUGGUUUGGCAUUAACGGAAGAACAGAAGAUAAAAUUAUCUGUUGCUAGGGCAGUGCUUUCAAACCCAUCUAUUCUUCUGCUUGAUGAGGUUACUGGUGGUCUUGAUUUUGAAGCAGAAAAGGCUGUUCAAGAGGCUCUGGAUGUCCUCAUGUUGGGACGCUCAACUAUAAUAAUAGCUCGACAACUUAGCUUUAUAAAGAAUGCUGACUAUAUAGCUGUCAUGGAGGAGGGUCAACUUGUAGAAAUGGGCACACAUGAUGAGCUGUUAACCCUGAAUGGCCUAUACACAGAGCUUCUAAGAUGUGAAGAAGCAGCAAAGCUUCCUAAGAGGACCCCUAUGAGGAACAGAGAGACCACAGCUAGUCAAAAUGAGAAGGACAUCUCAUCAGAUCAUAUUACUCAAGAAUCAUCAUCUCCCAGGAUGAGUAAGUCACCCUCUCUUCAGCGAGCACAUGGUGCCCAUGCAUUUUGGGGCUCAGAUGCCACAUUUAAUUCACAAGAGUUGCCAAAACUUCAGAGUCCACCUUCAGAGCAAGUAUCCAUGCCCUUGGCUUCUACAGAUGAGGCACAUUCUGUAAAAGGACAAGACAGUUUUGAGAUGAGGUUACCUGAGCUACCCAAACUUGAUAUUCCGUCUGCAAAACAACAAUUCUCAACUGGCUCGGACCCUGAAUCUCCUAUUUCACCACUUUUAGUGUCUGACCCUGAAAACGAGCGCUCACACUCAAAGAAUUUUAGUCAACAACUCAGCUCAUUCGAUGAUGAUAUCCCAGUAAAGCAGAAAUAUGUGAAGGACACACAGCUUCAGAAACCUCCAUCACUUAGGCGGCUUGCAGAGCUCAGCUUCCCUGAGUUGCUUUAUGCCCUUUUGGGGAGCUCAGGAGCUGCUAUUUUUGGUUCUUUUAAUCCUCUCCUUGCUUAUCUUCUUGCUCUGGUUAUGGUAGCAUAUUAUAGAGAUACUGGUCAUCACCAACGCUAUGAAGUGGACAAAUGGUGUUUGUUCAUUGUUGGCAUGGGAAUUGUAACAGUGGUGGCCAACUUCUUGCAGCACUUCUAUUUUGGUAUAAUGGGGGAGAAAAUGACUGAACGAGUUAGGAGAAUGAUGUUCUCAGCUAUGUUGCGGAACGAAGUUGGUUGGUUUGAUGAAGAAGAUAACAGUCCUGACAACUUAUCCAUGCGCUUGGCAAAUGAUGCUACUUUUGUGCGUGCUGCUUUCAGCAACCGGCUAUCUAUCUUUAUCCAGGACAGUACAGCUGUUGCUGUGGCUCUUCUUAUUGGGAUGCUGUUGGAAUGGCGGAUAGCGUUAGUGGCUCUGGCUACCCUACCAGUCCUUAUCAUCUCUGCCAUUGCUCAGAAGCUGUGGCUUGCAGGCUUCUCACGAGGUAUUCAGGAGAUGCAUAGGAAAGCAUCUUUGGUCCUUGAGGAUUCGGUUAGAAACAUUUACACUGUCGUGGCGUUCUGUGCUGGUAACAAGGUAAUGGAGCUCUACAGAUUGCAGCUGGUAAAAAUAUUCAAGCAGAGCGUCCUCCAUGGAAUGGCCAUUGGUUUUGCCUUUGGCUUUUCACAGUUUCUGCUUUUUGCCUGCAAUGCUCUCCUACUAUGGUACACUGCUAUCUCUGUUAAAAACGGCCAUCUGGAUCUGCCCACAGGUCUGAAGGAGUACAUAGUCUUUUCAUUUACAACCUUUGCCCUUGUUGAGCCUUUUGGCCUGGCUCCGUACAUUCUUAAACGUCGAAAAUCCCUCGCUUCCGUAUUUGAAAUCAUAGACCGUUCACCUAAGAUUGACCCUGAUGAUAACACUGGAUUGAAACCCCCCAAUGUCUACGGAAGCAUUGAGCUGAAAAGUGUUGAUUUUUAUUAUCCAUCUCGUCCUGAAAUUAUGAUACUGAGCAAUUUUAGCCUCAAAAUCAGCGGAGGCCAAACUAUAGCCGUCGUGGGAGUUUCAGGAUCUGGAAAAAGCACUAUAAUCUCUUUGAUGGAAAGGUUCUAUGAUCCAGUCGCUGGUCAAGUAUUACUGGAUGGCCGAGAUCUGAAGCUUUUUAACCUAAGAUGGUUAAGGAAUCACAUGGGUCUUAUCCAACAGGAACCAAUUAUCUUUUCAACAACUAUAAGGGAGAACAUCAUCUAUGCUAGGCAUAAUGCAACAGAAGCUGAGAUGAAGGAGGCAGCAAGAAUAGCAAAUGCUCACCAUUUCAUCAGUAGUUUUCCGCAUGGUUACGACACGCAUGUGGGCAUGAGGGGGGUGGAUCUGACACCUGGACAAAAACAAAGAAUUGCCAUUGCACGUGUAGUGCUGAAAAAUGCACCCAUCUUGUUAUUGGAUGAGGCCAGUUCUUCAAUUGAGUCGGAGUCGAGUCGUGUGGUACAAGAAGCUCUGGAUACAUUAGUCAUGGGGAACAAAACAACUAUUCUGAUUGCCCAUAGAGCAGCUAUGAUGAGGCAUGUAGACAAUAUUGUGGUUCUAAAUGGUGGCAAAAUUGUGGAGCAAGGUACCCAUGAUAACUUAGUAUCAUCGAAUGGUUUAUAUGUUCGAUUAAUGCAACCCCACUUUGGGCAGGGUCGUAGGCAGCAGCAUCGGCUUGUAUAGGUGAUUGAUCUGUAAUUGGUGUAAAUUUUAUAUUUAGUCAGGUCCUCAUUCCACCCAUUUGCUGACUUUUCUAUUUUAAAUUGGUUGGUGGGAGUUUGUAGAAAGGAAGAAGAAGAGAAUGGAUUGGUUUGUAAGUAUGUUUGACUUUUGCAGUCGAGGGUGGUGGCAGUUGAGAAUAUCAGGUUUAGGAUACUUCAAAUAGGCUUUGUGAAAUUUGGGUGGAGUGAGAAGGAUCUGUUAUUGCAUUAGAAUUUCUACUCGGCAGUUUCUGUCUCAUUAUUUUGGAGGCCCGCACUUGAGUUUCUGAAUUGUCCCCCUUGGUAAAUUAAUUUGUUAGUGAAGCAAAAGAAAGUUUUAACUUGUUAGUGAAUCAAAAGAAAGUUACAUUCUGUUUCUUGGC